AUGGCACCCAGAUCUGUUCAAAAGUUAGUUGAGUCAUUCAAAGAAGUGACUGAUCUUAGAGAUUCUGAGGCUACAGCUUGGCUCACCAAGUAUAAAUGGAAUCUUGAAGAUGCUGUAGAAGCUUACUUGACUCAGACCUCGAUGAACUCCCAAGGCCAAAACUUCCUCACACAGGAACAGAAAGGAAGUCUGAUCAGCCUAUUCAAUAAAUAUAAGCAAGAUGGCGAGGACUACAUUGGUAUUGACGGUACGAUCCAGUAUAUCGAAGACCUGGAGUUUGAAGUUGAAGAUCCAGUGGUGUUAGCUCUGGCAGAGUUUUUAGAAUCGACACAAAUGGGAGUUUUUGAAAGAGCAAAGUUCGUAAAUAACUGGGAAAAGGCGGGGAUAUCUUCGAUACAUGAAAUGAGACAGAAAGUAUUGGAAUUUCAAAGGUCUUUAGAGAAUGAUGAACAGUUUCUGAAGAAAGUGUACGAUUUUACUUUCAAGUUUCUAUUGGACAACAACCAAAGAACCCUACUAAAAGAUACUGCUGUAGAAUAUUGGAAGCUCUUACUAUCCCACUAUUUUGGCGAGGAAAAGAUGAGUCAAUGGUGUCAGUUUAUCAAUGAUGAGUGGCAAUUUGCAAUCACUAAAGAUCAAUGGCAGAUGCUUUUUCUGUUUAUGAGUGAAUGGAAUCAGAAAGAUAACUUUAUCGAAUCAUAUGAUGAAAAUGCAGCCUGGCCUUCGAUGAUGGACACUUUCGUCGAAUAUUUACGAGCAAAAACGAGCAGUUAG